CAUCUCCAGAACAUUGUGCAUACUACAUCAAGAAAUGGAAUUUCGAAUCCAAAUAAAGAAAUCCAAUCCUUCGAUAAAGGUUUGAGUUUUAUAGCACUGUAUUCGCAAAAGGGCUCGUUUAGUAAAUCUUUGGUGUCAUACUGUUACACUGCAAUAACGAUCUCCUUGUAAUUCCAAUCUCACAAUUGUAUUUUGAAUUCGUUUUUCAAUCUUCACUUGUUGAUCAACGCGUCCGAUAAAUUCAACAACGAACAACAUCCGUUUGAUUUCAUGUUAGUGUAGUAAUUCAGAUAUUUCAAAUAUGGCUCCCAAAACUCGUAAAACUGUCCAGAAAGUGAAACCCGCUCCUGUGGAAGAAGUUCCCCACCCGAGAGUACGUAAGGUCUCAGCUAAGGUGUUGGAAAGUAUGACAGAUGUAUCAGCAUCAACUCCCUCAAUGAAGAAAAAGAACCCCAGCUCACCAUCAACUUCAAAAAGAUCAUCUUCAUCUUCGUCAGCAGCAGUUUCGGCAUUAAGCAAGAAAUUGAAGGCUUCCAACCCCAUAAUAACAGAGCAGGACAUUGUUUCUGCUGAAAACGGCCAGGAACUUAUAGAGCUCAUAAACGGACUAGUGAACACCAAACAGGACGAGACGUUCGCCAAAUACAAAUCCAAGGUUCAGAACCAGCUAAAUAAUGACCACCAAGUAAUACAAGAGUUGAAUGCCGAUUUGCUCCAGCGCCAGGAAACCAUCAACGGCUUGCUCCAAGAGAUAAAGCAGCUCAAGAACGAGGUUAGAACAUAUUCCUCAUCUAAUUCGGCAAGUAUGACGGUCGACGGCUCUCUUGAUGAAAGCAAGGAGUUUGUCUAUGAAUCUCCCAUCAGAAAGAAGAUCAACAAGAAAAUCAAGAACAGCGAUACAUUGAUUAGCCAGGACCAACUAUCCAAAGAACUAGAAAAUAUAGGUUUCACUUUAGACAUGUUGGAACUUUUAACUGGUUUGAGAAUUGUCAACUUCGAAGAAGAUGAGUCCAAGUAUUUCUUUGAUGUAAAACAGUCUGGUUCGAAUGGCCAAGAUGAAAUCUACAUCAACUACCAACUUGUAAUCUCAAAGUCGUUUGCAACUACUGCUGAGAUCAACUACAUCCCUACGUUCUUGGAAGCAUUGGAAAAUGAUGACGAGGACCAGGAACAGGUCGAUAACGCUAACCUCUUGAAGGAAAUCCUUCCGGACUACUUGUGUGAGAACUUGUCGUUCCCCUACGAUACCUUGUCACAGUUCUACAGUAAAGUCAACCGAGCGGUCAACAAGAGGACCAAAUGAGAGUAUGUACAAUAAUUUCUCUAUAAAUACACUAAUGUACACCAGUUAUAGU